AUGCCGCCACCUCACGACCACGAGCCAUCCGAAACGAGCCCGCUCCUGGGCGAGCGCCGCCGCACCUCCGACGGCCUGCAAGUGCUCGCGCCGCAGCCCGUCCCGGAUGGCGCCGAGGACGAGGAGAACAACGGCGCCGGGUAUGACGACGGGGAGGGGGGAGACAACGAUGGUGGGGACUUGGAGAGGCAGGAGAGCCAUGUCAGCGAGGGGGGCUCGUCGCUGAAACACAAGGGCUUGCCGGAGGUGAAGAAGAGGAUGAAGUAUAUUUUGCCGGCUGUGGCUGUCGGGAUCUUCCUCGCGGCGGCAGACCAGACGAUUAUUGUUUCCAGCUACGGACGAAUUGGCUCGGACUUGGGAGCAUUGAACAACACGUCGUGGAUUGCGACAGCGUACUUUUUGACCCUCACGUCCUUCCAGCCGCUGUACGGCAAGCUCUCGGACAUCUUCGGGCGCAAGUCCUGUCUGCUCUUCGCCUACAUCAUCUUCGGCAUCGGCUGCCUGGCGUGCGGGCUGGCGCGCAACAUGAACGAGCUGAUCGCGGCCCGGGCGUUCGCAGGAAUCGGCGGCGGCGGCAUGACGACGGUGGUGUCCAUCAUGAUGAGCGACAUCGUCACUCUGCGGGAGCGCGGCAAGUGGCAAGGCUACAUCAACAUCGUCUUCGCGACGGGCGCGGGCACCGGCGCGCCGCUAGGCGGCAUCCUCGCCGACCGCGUGGGCUGGCGGUGGGUCUUCCUCUUCCAGCCGCCGCUCUGCCUCGUCGCCAUUCUCGCCGUCACGCUCGCCCUCAAGCUGCCCGCGCGCGACCACGCCCACUGGGCCGCCAAGCUGCGCCGCGUCGACUUCCUCGGCGCCGCCGUCCUCAUCUCCGCCGUCUUCAUGCUGCUCCUCGGCCUCGACCGCGGAUCCAACGUCGCCUGGCGCGACCGCCUCACCCUCGCCUGCCUGGGCUCCUCCAUCCCACUCAUCGCCAUCUUCCUCCUCGUCGAGACCAAGUUCGCAUCCGAGCCCUUCGCGCCAGGCCACAUCAUCUUCUCCCCCUCCCUCGUCGCCUGCUACGCCUGCAACUUCUUCUCCUUCGCCGGCUACAUGGCCGCCCUCUUCUACCUCCCCCUCUACUUCCAAGCCGUCGACGCCGCCUCGGCCACCCUCGCCGGCCUCCGCCUCAUCCCCGGAAUCCUCUUCGGCGUGUCGGGCUCCCUCUUCGGCGGCUUCUACAUGCAGCACACCGGCCGCUUCUACGCCCUCACCGUCGCCGCCUACGCCGCCCUCGUCGCCGGCGCCGCCCUCAUCUUCGCCUGCGCCGGCGUCCUCGUCGACUCCGUCCCGGGAAUCGUCGCGGGCUUGUGCAUCGCUGGCUUCGCAAACGGCGUAGGCGUCACCACCACACUCAUCGGACUCAUCUCCAACGCAGCGCACGCAGACCAGGCGGUGGCGACCGCGUGCUCGUACCUCUUCCGCAGCCUCGGCAGCGUCUUCGGCGUCUCCAUCGCCGCGACGCUGGUCAACCAGGAGUUGCGGCUGCGCCUGGCCCGCGCGCUGGGCCCCGGCGACGAGGCGGCGCGCUUGGCGGAGCGCGUGCGCGAGAGCAUCGAGGUCAUUUGGAGCUUGCCGCCGGAGGUGCAGGUGGUGGUGCGCAGGUGCUAUGCUGAGAGCACGCGCGUGGCGUUUGGGCUGAUGAUUGCGCUGGUGGCGGGCGCGGCGGUGGCGGCGUGGUUUGUGAGGGAGAGGAGGCUGGGUGGGAAGUGA